CGUGUCCACCAUUUCUCCUGCUCUCUACUCAAGUAUGCCCUUUGCACCAGCAGCUCUAAGUUCAGAAUGGAUCAAGGUCAAUGAACCAUUUCCACACGUACUACAUGUCCAACUUUCCAGAAACCCAGUGAACGCGUUUUCAACUCGCUACUGGCGUGCAUACGGGAAGCUCUUCGAAAGGAUCACCCAAGAAGCACCAGAUGUGCGGGCUGUUGUCCUUUCGUCUGCCCUGGACAAAGUCUUCACCGCCGGCUUAGACCUUCACGACCCCGAAGGCAUUGCCAGACCCGAGGACCCGAACGACGACAGCGACCCUGCUCGGAAAGCAAUCGCCAAUCUCUCAUUCAUCAAAGAGUUCCAGUCAGCGAUCAACUGUGUCGAACGUGCCCCGUUUCCAGUCAUAGCCGCAAUACAUGGUAUUGCCCUCGGUUUAGGUUUGGACAUGACUUCCUGCUGUGACGUCAGGUAUGCCGCCGAGGACGCCUCCUUCAGCAUCAAAGAGGUGGACAUAGGUAUCGCUGCUGAUAUUGGAUCACUAUCCUACCUUCCCAAAGUCGUGGGCAACAACUCUCUGGCACGAGAAUACGCGUACACUGGUCAACGCUUCUCGGCUUCCGAUGCAGAAAGGAUGGGAUAUGUAUCUCGCGUCAUACCAGGAAGUAGGGAACAGGUUGUCAGCGCUGCCCUUGAACUCGCCAAGACAAUUGCGUCCAAAAGUCCACUGGCUAUUGCGGGAACAAAGAGGUUGAUCACUCAUAGUAGAGAUCAUACUGUCGAACAAAAUCUCGACUAUACGGCAGUGUGGAGUUCGGCAAUGCUACAAACAGAGGACACAAAGGAAGCGCUCGCUGCAACACUAGGCAAGCGAACGCCGAAAUUCAAAACAUUAAAGGUCCUUUCUAGACUAUAGAAGGUCGUUGGGACUAUUCUGCUUGUCUGUCGAUGCAUGGUCCAUGUUCUCCAAGUCACUCUUUAAUUGGGCGAAAAAAGCAAUCUUGUCGGGAAUCUGUCAAAAGAAAGUGUUGGGGUUGGAUCUUUGGAAUAUGAAGGAGAUCGAAUUCGGUACCUGAUACCCUCGAACUCUCCCAGAUGUACAGGGAAUAGCGUAAAAAGAUGUUGCGGCUGUUACUUCUUUUCCUGCCCAAUCUCAUUCGGAAAUCUCACCAACCGUUAUAACAUGAUCACUUACC